UUUAACUGCUACUCUAAGUGUGGGGUCUUUUUUUUUAAAGGUCUCCUUACUCACUUUUUCUUGUUCUUUGUGAAAAGCAAUGUGUAUGUAGAUUAUUUUGGUUUCGUCUUAACUCGAUAAAGAAAAUAAUAAAAUGUUGCGCCGUUGGGAGGCGCUAGUCCCUCACUCCGCCCCCGGGGACCCGUGCCAGGGAGUUGGAGGGCUGGAGGGGUUUGAGUGGUGCUGAGAAAGUGAAAGAGAAGUGAAACCAAGAAUCCACUUCACUGAAAGAAAACUACUGCGUGGGCAGUUCUCCUGUUCUUUAAGGUUUAAACAGUCAUGGAAACUCUUCGUGGCAAUAAGGUCUUCCUCAUCGAUACCCUGUCUGUAGAUUCUGAACGUCUCUUGCAGUUUGCUGAGCAGAAUGAAAUCAUCACAGACAGAGACUACAGAAAUCUUAACCACCCCAACCACACUGAUGAGAAAAAAAUCACUAACCUUCUGGACAUGGUGAGGGGCAAGGGGGAAGAAACCAGUGACAAAUUUGUAGAGCUCCUAAAGAAUAAAGACGUGCAGAAGACGUUCCCUAACCUUAAGAAGCGUUUUACACCUGCACCUCUAGUGACUCAGCAAGAUGGUCGAGCAACACCAUCUAAUGAGAUGGGUGAAUACACAAUGUCCAAAAUCCCUCGUGGUGACUGUGUGAUCAUUAACAAUAUGGACUUUGAGGAAAACAACAAAAAGAAUGUGAAACCACAACUACAGUACAGGACAGGAUCUGAUAAAGACAAAGAAUCUCUGGAAGAAGUGUUCACUUGGCUGGGUUUCACUGUGGAGGUACACACAAAUAAAACUGCAAAGCAAAUGAAGGACAUCCUGAACAAGUUUGGCCAGAAGACCCAUGAAGGAGACUGCUUUGUUUGCUGCAUCCUGAGCCACGGCUGUGCUGAAGGAGUGUACGGCACUGAUGGAGGUGUUGUCUCCAGUGAGGACAUCUUUAGUCCAUUCAGAGGCCUCAUCUGCCCAAGCCUGGCCAAAAAACCCAAAGCGUUCUUCAUCCAGGCCUGCAGAGGGAAAGACUAUCAGCGCCUGGUUGAAGUUCAGGCAGAUAAUGCGGAGUCGGAUAAAGCAGAAGAUGAAGACGACAAAGAAUUAGAACUGGAUGGGGAACAGAUCACCAUCCCAAAUGAUGCAGAUUUCUUUGUGGCGAGGUCAACUGUUAAAGGCUUCUACUCCAUUAGGAAUCCACAAAAAGGGUCAUGGUUCAUCCAGUCUCUGUGUGAGCAGCUGAAAAAGUUCUGCCCAAAGGGUGAGGGCAUCCAGAACAUCCUGAACUGUGUGAAUAAGGAGGUCAGUAGAUGUAUCGCUGAAUUGAAGAUUGAUGAGAAGUAUGUCCUAGUCAAACAGAUGCCAGUCCAAAAAGGAACCCUGACGAAGAAGUUGGUGUUCCGUAUAACAAGCUAGAUCAACAGCCUCCGUGUAGUGGGACCUGUUUUCUAGUGGGUCUCCGGUGAUUUUUGUUUCUUACUUUGCUUCUGCUUUUCAUUAUUUCUGUGUUUAUUAGCAUAUUUCAAAUCAGAAUAAGCAAUAAUGUAUCUGUAUUUCCUGUAACCUUUUUUACAACUCUUAAUUUGCAUGUUGUUACCAAAUAGUAAUUCAUAGGGUAUAAGUAGUGUCUAAUUUUUUUUACAUUAUUUUAUUUCUACAAAAUAAAGUUUAACCUGAGUUGCAUGAUUUUUUUUUCAUUAACUUUAAUUGUUUUGUAUUUCACUUAUCUUACACUAAUCAACCUUCACCUCACCUUCACUUGGAUUUGAAUUCCAGUAUUUUUUACUUUUGAGGAACAGUCCUCAAACAUUUUUUUUUACAUUUUUAUAAAUAAAAAUAAACAAAUAAAAUUUCUAAAUAA